CGAGAUACACGUGUAAUAAUGUGAGAUUGGCAAAAGAUAAGAAAGUGUUUUGAUGAGUGCAGCAAAGGAAGAACCAAAUUGCAAUCUUCAUUCAUUGCUAUCAUUCAAAUCAAAUGGAUAUUCACACAUGCAUUUCAAUAUCACCUCGUUUCUCUUCAACAACCCAAACUUUACGAUCUUCUUAUUUUUCCUCCAAAUUUCUAUGUUCCAAAAGGGAUCCUAGUAGAAACGCCGAUAACGAUAACAAAGGUGAUAAAUCUUCAACUGAUUGGGACAAGGCAUGGUCAAACUUUAAGAAGCAAGGGAAAAAAACUCUCUUCUCAAAUUUUUCUCCAAAUAAGUAUGUAAGCUGGAAUCCCAGGCGUUCAGAUUUCCCACUUUCUGAAGAGGUUGAUCCUAUCAAGAGAACAGAGAGAUCAAACCUCAAGUUUUGGAAUAGUCCUACUUUUACUCUAGGUGGAGCACUUAUAAUUCUCAUAUUUCUUUUGUUGUACACCCUUCUUGCACCAAUCAAUAAGUAAUUGAAAUAUAGAAUUUGGAAAUAGUGAAAUAUUUGUCUCACACAAAAUGCAUAUUAUUGUAACUGAUGGCUUCUCCGGUUCUUCGCGUUUCUAUAUUUUUUUUUGUGUUAA